AUGAAGGUUACGCCAGCUGCCUGGGCAGAAGGGGUUGACAGCCUGGCACACGUCCGGCGGCACUGUCAGACGCUGCUUUUUCUCCAGGAGACCUAUCGGCAGGUCCAGCAGCAGCUGCCGCCAGGGCUCCCCGAGGCAGCAAGGCUCCAAGAGCUCUUCCAAUCCUUGGCAGAGCAGUGCAAGGAAGGCAUCGAGAAAGCAAAGGCAAUUCUUGGGAGGAGCGAAGAAGACUUCAUCUUCACCCCCAAGUACUACUACUCGGAGCUUCGUCUCCGUCGGAACUGCCUCCUGCCGCAACACCAUGAGGCUUUUCUGGAGCCUCAGUUGCUCAGCUUCCUGGCCACAGAAGUCGUGGCCCUUCUUAGAAUGCAGGAAAGGUGCGACUACCUCGCGAAAGCUGCAGGCCACGAAGUGCCGGAGUUGGAAGACUUUUGGACCCGAUGCGUCGCAGCGGCACACAACAAUGCCGUUGAGCUAACUGUGGCGAUGAUGCGGUCCUUCUCCGAAGAGGCGGUGAAGGAGCUGCAUUCCUGCUUUCAGGAGGAGCAGCUUGUGUGCACGGAAGUCGUGGAUGGUUCCACGGGCCGUGUUCGCUUCGGCUCCUCCCCUGCCACAGCUAUGUCACUGGACUUGGACGAUCUUGAUGAUGAGGACGAUGACGAAGGGGACGGCGACUUUUGCUCAACCAAAGCAAAGCCAAUCUUUGUGGUGUCUGACUGCACCGGUGAGUCCGCCGAGAGGACGGUGCUCUGUGCUCUCGGCCAGUUCGGACAUUGUUUCGAGCGCGACUGUCCAGCGGACGUCACGACUUUCCGCUUUGCGACGGCGGGCAUGAUGGAGGACAUUGCUCGCCGGGCCAAGGACCGGAACGCCUUCGUCGUGUACACCUUGGUCGACCCUGUCGCGAACGCGCACCUGCGGCAGUAUUGCCAAGAGCAAGACGUUGAAUGCCACGACUUGUGGAGUCCUCUUUUGGAGAAGCUUGAAGGCUACUUCGAUGCCAGCCGACUUGGCAUUCCAGGCAGACGUCAAUUUGCAGAUUCGAGCUACAUGCGGAUGAUUGAGUGCAUUGAGUACACGCGACUCUUCGAUGACGGCGUGCAGCCACAUCGCUGGGCGGAGGCCGACCUCAUGAUCAUUGGGCCGUCAAGAAGUGGCAAGACUCCUUUGGCAUUCUUCAUGGCCCAAAGAGGCUACAAGGUUGCGAACUAUCCUUUGAUCCCCGACGAGACCAUUCCCGAGCAGCUGUGGUCGUUCCCACAGGACCGCAUCUUCGCCCUGAAGAUCGAGCCUAAGAAGCUGGCGAGAAUUCGUCCGCCUCCCGGGAAGCUCUCUGCCUGGCUCCUAAGGGCCUAA